UGUUGUUUAUGUCUCAUCCUAUUUUUCAGGCACAGAGUCGAUCAGGAUGGUGGCAAAUGGGGAAGCACCACCUAGGGGAAGCGCUGCGGCUGCCGCAGGUCUGCGGAGGCGGAGGGUGACAGGUGGCGGUGGGGGAGCAGGGGGUGCCAGCACGAUGCUCCAGUUCUACACGGAUGAGACCGCAGGGCGCAAGAUAUCCCCCAACACUGUCCUCAUCAUGAGCAUUGGGUUCAUCGCUGUUGUCGCCCUCCUCCAUGUCUUUGGUAAGCUCUACAGAGGCCCCCAGUAGUUCGGUGUGAGUCAGAUCUGAAUUUGCUCUAGCCUUUUCCCCUCCCUUUCUUUCUUUUAAUAUAACAAGCAUUGGCAAUUUAGUUGGAAAAUUCUAUAGAAUAAUUAUUAGUGAGACAUGGAUGAGUGAAUUAGUGAACUUUGUUCCUACAGGAUUGGAAAAUGGAUUUGUUCUUGUCCUGUUAAAUGUCUGUUUAACAUUCAGUUUGAGCCUGUUACUGAUUUAACUAACCUGGUUAAGUGCUGCUAUUCUAUAUUGUGUUCA